CGAGCUCCGCUCCGUUGCCGCGCGUGGCCCCGGCCCGGCCGCCCCUCACCGCCUCUCUCCCGCGGGUGCCGGCCUCGACAUGCAGAUCUUCGUGAAGACCCUCACGGGGAAGACCAUCACCCUCGAGGUCGAGCCCUCUGAUACUAUAGAGAAUGUGAAAGCUAAGAUCCAGGAUAAGGAAGGAAUUCCUCCUGAUCAGCAGCGACUGAUUUUCGCUGGGAAGCAGCUGGAAGAUGGCCGCACGCUGUCUGACUACAACAUCCAGAAAGAAUCAACUCUUCACCUUGUGCUGAGACUGCGUGGUGGUGCUAAGAAAAGGAAGAAGAAGUCUUACACCACCCCCAAGAAGAACAAGCACAAGAGGAAGAAGGUUAAACUUGCCGUGCUCAAGUACUACAAGGUGGAUGAGAACGGCAAGAUCAGUCGUCUGCGCCGAGAGUGCCCUUCUGAGGAGUGUGGGGCGGGAGUCUUCAUGGCCAGCCACUUCGACAGACACUACUGUGGCAAGUGCUGUCUGACGUACUGCUUCAAUAAACCUGAAGACAAGUAAAUGUACUAGACAAUAAAAAUCUCAGAUUCUA